CCCAUUUAUUCGAAAAUGCUAUAUGGCUGCGUUCAGAUAUCAUCCGAUAUACACGUUAUGUGCAUACGCUAUAGAUUUUCAGUACUAACAGCUGGGAGUGAAUAUAGGAACACAGCCUAUAUUACGGAGUCCAUGCUUGAUAUAUAACCUAAAUUAAAAGUAGGAAGUUAAAUGCUAUCAUUGAAUAUGAUUAUUGUUGGAGCCAUACUUCGCGUAGAGCGACAUUUAAAUUAUAAUAUUGUGAUUAAUGGAUUUCAUCAAUCUUGCAUGCGAUAUUUGAACCAGAGAUGGAGGAAAAAAUGUGGAUUAACAGUCAAUCCAAAUGCUUUUAGUCCAUUAACUAAUUUACCAGAUUAUACAUUUAAAGAUGGAAAACCUACUCCUCUUGGAAUAAGACAAAAAGCACGCUUAGAUAGACAACGUGAUUAUGCAGCAAGAAUUAUCAAAUUAGUAGGAGAGAUAGAUUAUGCUGUUGAGAGGCAUGCUAAAUUGCAGAAAGAAGAAAAACAAAGAAAACAACAAAUUCUUGAUUUUAAACUGAAACCCAAAGGAGAUUUAUUGCUUCAGAAGCAGACAGAUAAAAUAAAAAAUAAUUAAUUUGUGUAUGUAUGUAAAAAAUAAUAAAUGUUAUUGUAUAUGA